AACAGAUUCGCAGAUUUCGAAAACAUUUGGAUUUUCUUUUGCUGGACUUCUGUUUUCAUCGAGACGUUCAUCUUGCUUUGUGUCAGUUUCGUAGCCGUCUAACUGAAUCAGCGUAACCGUACUCCAUCGGAAAGUUUGAUUAGAGUACCGUGUGAUUUGUUGCAAGCGGAUAUUACCAUGAAGGCGAUGAUUAUGUCCCGACCGGUAUCCCCUCGCAAGCUGUGCAAGCCCGCUAUUCAGAAGUUGCGCAAGAACGCAGAAUCGGAGGAGAUGGACGCCAUGGAGAUGCUGUUUGAUAAGCUAGCCCACAUGAUUCCCUCUAUUCCCAAAGAGCAAAAGCUAACCAAACUCCAGAUUCUCCAGCACGUUAUCGAGUACAUUCAGGAUUUAGAAUCUCAAGUGGAAUUCCACCCGGAAGCGGAAAAUCUCUGCACCGGACUCAAUUAUUUAAGAAUAUCCUUGGAGCAAAAAUCGUAUGAUAUAUAAUAAAAUAGUAUUUCUAAGGUGCUGUAUUUUUUGUUGUACAUCAGAUGGAACGUGAUAUAAGUGGUUGUAUAUUUGUUCAUUUCUUUUGACCUCGUAGUACGGUACGUCCGUACGAAAUGGUUUAGGCUGCUGUUAAGAAUGGUUUUUUAAGUUGGGCUUUUGUGAUUUUCCUUACCUACAAGUCGAUGUGGUUUACGUAUUAUCUUGUUGAAACAGAUGUGCUAUUUGGACAGCGGUUUAAAUUGUUGAAACUUCAGCAGUGCAGAAAAAUAAAAGUC